AAAAAGGGAAAGAAGAUGAUGAUUAUAUGUGAGCAGAUAGUCUUGUUAUUUUCUGGCUUUUGUGGGAUUGCAAUGGGAGCAUUUCCUAGCAGUGUGCAAAUAGGUGGACUUUUCAUUCGAAAUACAGAUCAGGAAUAUACUGCUUUUCGAUUAGCGAUUUUUCUUCAUAACACCAGCCCCAAUGAGUCGGAAGCACUUUUUAAUUUGGUUCCUCAUGUGGACAACAUAGAAACUGCUAACAGCUUUGCUGUGACAAAUGCCUUUUGCUCUCAGUAUUCAAGGGGAGUAUUUGCCAUCUUUGGACUGUACGACAAGAGAUCAGUACACACUUUGACCUCAUUCUGCAGCGCUUUGCACAUCUCCCUCAUAACGCCAAGUUUUCCAACAGAGGGAGAAAGCCAGUUUGUAUUACAGCUGAGACCAUCUUUACGAGGUGCUCUUUUGAGUUUACUCGAUCACUAUGGGUGGAACCAUUAUGUCUUUCUGUACGACACAGACAGGGGAUAUUCAGUACUUCAAGCUAUUAUGGAAAAAGCUGGUCAAAAUGGAUGGCAAGUUAGCGCAAUAUGUGUGGAAAAUUUUAAUGAUGCCAGUUAUAGACGUUUAUUAGAAGACUUGGAUCGAAGGCAGGAGAAUAAAUUUGUAAUAGACUGUGAAGUUGAAAGGCUUCAAAACAUCCUAGAACAGAUUGUGAGUGUCGGGAAACAUGUCAAAGGUUAUCAUUACAUCAUUGCAAACCUGGGAUUUAAGGACAUUUCACUUGACAGAUUCAUGCAUGGUGGAGCUAAUGUUACUGGAUUCCAACUGGUAGAUUUUAAUACUCCAAUAGUGACUGAACUAAUGCAACGAUGGAAGACUCUUGACCAAAGGGAGUACCCAGGAUCGGAAACACCGCCAAAGUAUACAUCAGCUUUGACUUAUGAUGGGGUACUUGUAAUGGCAGAAGCUUUUCGUAACCUACGAAGACAAAAAAUUGAUCUAUCAAGAAGAGGAAAUGCAGGUGAUUGUCUAGCAAGCCCAGCUGCUCCUUGGGGUCAAGGGAUUGACAUGGAGAGGACCCUUAAACAGGUUCGAAUCCAGGGUUUAACAGGAAAUGUACAGUUUGACCAUUAUGGGCGUAGAGUAAACUACACAAUGGAUGUUUUGGAAUUGAAGAGUACAGGUCUCAGAAAGAUUGGAUACUGGAAUGAUAUAGAUAAACUGGUUUUAAUUCAGCAUGAACCUCUGUUUAGAAAUGACUCGGUUAUUGAAAACCGAACUAUAGUCGUCACCACAAUAUUGGAAUCUCCUUAUGUAAUGUAUAAGAAAAACCAUGAACAGCUGACUGGAAAUGAUAAAUUUGAAGGCUAUUGUGUAGAUUUGGCAUAUGAAAUUGCAAGACACAUUGGUAUCAAUUAUAAAAUUGCCAUUGUUCCUGAUGGAAAAUACGGAGCGAGGGAUUCAGAAACCAAAAUUUGGAAUGGGAUGGUUGGAGAACUUGUAUAUGGGAAAGCAGAAAUUGCUGUUGCACCUUUAACUAUUACCUUGGUACGGGAAGAGGUCAUUGAUUUUUCAAAGCCUUUUAUGAGUUUAGGGAUAUCUAUAAUGAUUAAGAAGCCCCAGAAGUCUAAACCAGGAGUUUUCUCAUUUUUGGACCCUUUGGCAUAUGAGAUUUGGAUGUGCAUUGUUUUUGCCUAUAUUGGUGUCAGUGUGGUGCUUUUCCUGGUAAGCAGAUUUAGCCCUUAUGAGUGGCAUACAGAAGAACCAGAAGAUGGUAAAGAAGGACCCAGCGAUCAGCCUCCCAAUGAAUUUGGUAUAUUUAAUAGCCUCUGGUUCUCUCUUGGGGCCUUCAUGCAACAAGGAUGUGAUAUAUCACCAAGAUCUCUCUCAGGUCGCAUUGUUGGAGGUGUGUGGUGGUUCUUUACUCUGAUUAUAAUAUCAUCUUAUACUGCAAACCUGGCUGCUUUCCUGACUGUUGAGAGGAUGGUAUCACCAAUAGAGAGUGCAGAAGACCUUGCCAAACAAACAGAAAUAGCAUAUGGAACACUUGAUGCAGGGUCAACAAAAGAGUUCUUCAAAAGAUCCAAAAUUGCAGUUUAUGAAAAGAUGUGGCUCUACAUGAAAUCAGCUGAGCCAUCAGUAUUUACAAAAACGACAGCAGAAGGAGUAGCACGGGUUCGGAAAUCUAAGGGCAAGUUUGCCUUUCUUCUGGAAUCAACAAUGAAUGAGUACAUCGAACAACGAAAACCUUGUGAUACAAUGAAAGUUGGAGGCAACUUGGAUUCGAAAGGAUAUGGAGUGGCAACGCCUAAGCAUUCAUUAUUAAGAACUCCUGUAAACCUUGCCGUUUUGAAACUCAGUGAGGCAGGCGUCUUAGACAAGCUGAAAAACAAAUGGUGGUACGAUAAAGGUGAAUGUGGACCCAAGGACUCUGGAAGUAAGGACAAGACGAGUGCGUUAAGCCUGAGCAACGUUGCUGGUGUUUUCUACAUUCUUGUUGGAGGACUCGGCUUGGCAAUGCUGGUGGCUUUGAUAGAAUUCUGUUACAAGUCAAGGGCAGAGGCGAAAAGAAUGAAGCUGACCUUUUCUGAAGCCAUAAGAAACAAAGCCAGAUUAUCCAUUACGGGGAGUGUAGGAGAAAACGGACGUGUUUUGACUCCCGACUGCCCGAAGGCUGUUCACACUGGGACUGCAAUUAGACAAAGUUCAGGAUUGGCUGUAAUUGCAUCGGAUCUACCAUAAAAACCAAAUAAUUUA